AUGGUUAUAACAUCAUAUAUUUCGGUGGUGGAAAAAGAAGUAGAAUUUGUAGAAGCUUUAGAAACAAUUUGUGAUCGAAUGUUACUAUACAAAUUACAUAAAGAAAAAAUGGGUAUUUCACGAUUUGCGAAAGAAGAAAGUAGCACAAUGAAAGCUAUAAAUGAACUUCGUGAUAGAGGGGUUAAGGUAGAACUAGGUAUGCCUUACGAGAUGUGGAAUACUCCAUCUGUUGAAAUCGUAACUUUAAAACAAAACUGUGAAACGUUGCGAGAACAGUACGAAGAUGUUAUCGAAGAAUGGUAUCGCAACGUAGAUAGGCCACUGCUUGAGGAAUAUCUUUGCAAGGAAAGAGUACUAAAUGAGACAGAAAAUGGUUGUCUUGGAAAAUAA